GACAAAAAUGAACCCGUCAAAGAAGUUGCAAUUCAAGCGAAUGAUUUUGAAAUUGAAAGAAAUUCUAGUCAUCUUCCUGCUAGGAAAAGAUACAUACCAAUUAAAUUCAGGUAUAUUGUUGUUUUAGUUUUAGAUAUAAUUUGUAAUUACACUAACCAAGUAUCUCAAUAAAAAUAAAUACAUGAAUCCUUUUGUUUCUAAUAGUUUAUGAUUAUCAACACAGAUUCCUUAAGGUAUAUGUUUAUAACUUUCACUGUGCAAAAUACACUAAUUACUUGUAGGGUAUAUUUUGUAUAUUUGCAUUACAUUUAUUAAAUUAUUAACUGUUACCAAUAAUUUUUAGUGACUACCGUAUAUUUGCUGGAGGAGUUAAUGUAGAAGAGAAGGAUGAAGAAGAGGAAGAAGACAUCACUUUUGAUCCUGAAAAAAAUAAUGUAAAAAAACCACCUAACUCUUCAUCCAGAGGCAGAGGUAAUGCAAGGAUGUUCAAUAUGUUAGGUUUUUAAAAUUAAAAAAAAAAUAUUCUUGAAUAAAAGUUAAAUCACAGGUACCCAGUAGUGUUUUUUUAAUGAAUAAAGAUAACUUAUAAUUUCUUUUUUUGUUUGCAUUCACAUAUUUUGUUAUGCUUGUAUUUAUAUAUUAAUGAAUACUUAAUGACAUUUUAAAAUUCAGCACAAUUUUGGAAUGUACUUAGUAAAAAAAGAUCUGACACUGAUAUUGAAAUCUAUUUUAAUAAUUUUUGAAUUAUACAGGUCGUCCAAGAAAACAUCCACCAACAACUGAAGGUGAGAAUCCAUCUAUCCAUUAUUUCAUUGAAUUUUAGUUUUCUUUGAUUUGUCCCGCUUACCGGUGUUUAAGUGUGUUUGUUGACAGAUUAAAUUAUGAAAAUAAAUAAUUAUUUAAGUAUUGUAAGUGUUACUAUAAACCCACAGAAGCUCCACUGGAUGGACAUGGGGUUAAAAACAGCAUCAUCAAAGUCUCAUCUGGAUAUAAAUGUGGAACUUGUGGACGAAUCUUCUCUUUACGAAGUAAGGGAUAACUCAACGGAUGACAAAUAAAAGAAAACAUUUGAGUGACCUUUCAACCUUUAGAUUAUUUUUUCUAAUUCGGAAUUCAUUAUACCAGUAAUUAAUGCUCACAAUUGAUAUUAUUUCUGAUUUUCCCCACAAUUUUUAAGGCAAUGCCAAAGCACAUAUGAUCACUCAUACUGAUAUUCGGCCAUUCUCCUGUGACUUUGAAGGGUGUGGAAAACAGUUACGAACAAAGGAAAGUCUUAGGCGUCACCAACUAAGCCAUUUAGGUACACAGACUUUAAAACUUGUAUUAAUUGCCAGACUUUUAAAACAUGAGGCGGCAUAAGAAAUACAGAUUUUUAAGAGAAAACUAACAUUUUAAUAAAUAAUUUUAAAUGAAGCACAUUGACAAAAAAAGAAAACUUCCAUUCUCCAGUUCUGUUUUGAAAAUAGAUUUGCCUUUAGACAUAAACAUAAGCAGGGCAACCUGAAGUUAGACAUAAACAUAAGCAGGCCAACCUGAAGUUAGACAUAAACAUAAGCAGGCCAACCUGAAGUUAGACAUAAACAUAAGCAGGCCAACCUAAAGUGUUAAUGGGUUGGCCUCAUAUUUGUAAAAAUCUGUCCUGGCCAACUUUGAAAAUUGUAUUGAAAAUAGAUUGUUGCUUCCAAUCUCAGGUUUAUUAGAUAUUACUUUAGAACCCCUGACAUCUUUAAUACUUGAGCAUUUCCCACUAAACAUCUUUCAGGAAUAAAAAUGUUUGAUUGCAAAGAGUGCCAGAAGAAGUUCAGCUGCAAUGCCAGUCUCCAAGAGCACAUGGCGUGUCACACUGGUGCCAAACCCUUGUCAUGUCACAUUUGUAAUCGUAAGUUUAGACAAAUGGCUGUCCUCAAACGACAUGUGAUCACACACUCCACUGAUAAACCUUUUGCAUGUGAAGUUUGUGGAAAGAAAUUUGCCAUGAAAGUUUAUGUGCAAUCUCACAUGAAAACUCACACAGGUGUGUAUAAUAUUUUGUCUGUUGGAUUGUAUGAUUUUCUGGGGGUAUUUUGGGCAAAACACUAAUUGAGAGAGAGAGAAACAGAAAAAUUGUGAUUUGUAUUUAAAAAAAAACCACAUUGAUUGCUUUCUGCAUAGUAUAGCUGAGAAAAGUGAGAAAUGGAAAGAAAUUGGCAACGAUCUCUGCACCACUGGGAGCAAGGAAAAGAGGUUUGUUGGAGUGCAGUUAAAUCAGUCUCAGAGCUCAUCAUCAAGAUAUUAAUAAUCUGGGAAACUUUUAAAAAUGUCAAGCUAUUGUAACAAGUUUGUUCGUAAUUAUUUCUAUUAGGUGAAAGACCUUUCCUCUGUGACACAUGUAACAAAACAUUUGCUCAUGCGUCUGAUCUCAAUCGUCAUAAAAUCAUUCAUACAGGUAAUACAAAAACAAACUAUAGACAUUUUACAUUCUUUUCACUCAUAGAUUUUGUUAGAGUUUAAAUGACAAAUCGUAUUCUUCUUAUUUGUUUAUGACUAAAGUUUUCACCAUCUGGAAGCUAAUUAAAUUUAUCUGAAAAAAUAUAAUUAAAGAGCUGACGACAUGAAAUAAAAAAAAAGUAUAAUAGAUCUUUAGGUGUUUAAUAAUCACGAUUAAAUUUAUUGAAUUGGUUUUUGGUUUUAUUUUAUACAAUCCAAGGGAAGAAACCUUAUGCUUGCUCAAUGUGCCCCAUGCGCUACAGUGAUGCCUCAAGUCGUAGACGCCAUGAGCGUGAACAUCAGAGCAAGCAAGAAUUUGUGUGUCCAAUUUGUAGCCAAACAUUUUCACGAGCUGGACUUCUCCGCAGUCAUGUAGUUAGGGACCACAACUCUGAAGGCUUGUAUGAGGUCCAUGCUGUGGAAAAGGUGGGACAUUAUGAAUUACAUUAUCAGCAUUUUUUUUUUAAUAGCCCUUUAAGGAUAACAUAAUGGAAAUAUAUUUUUUAUUUUUUUGUUUAACUCAUGUUAAAAAAAUAUUGUUUUUUUAUUUCUCUAUCUAAUUAUGCUUAUUUAUUUUAAAUUGAAUUUAUAAUGUUCUUCUAUAGGAAAAAUGCUAUCAAAAUUUAUUUUCAUGUCUUUGUUCCAUUUAAUCAUUUACUGUGGAUACCUAGUCAAUAAUUUUCAUUCAUUAAAUAAUAUUUUUUCAACAAACUACCGUAAAUCGAAGUAUAGGAAGGUGUUUUCAAAAUUUGUGUUCACCGCUCUAAUCAGAAUUCAUGGUACGCUAAAGGCAACCAGUCAGGUUCAGUGGGUCAGGAUAUAACCACAAAUGAGUGUCCGAGUGAAGUAGCUCAGCCAUCCAUAGCACACGUAUUAGUAACAUCAUCUGACCUAUCAACUCAGGUUUGCUUAACACAGUUUAUAUUUGUGUGAUAAAUAAUAAUCAUCCAUCCCUGUGACCCUACAGCCCGUGUAUUGCUUUGGCCUGCUUCACCUCUUCCUUUCCACUCAGACCUAACUGAUGCUUUUCAUUUCCAUUCUUGGAUUCCCAGAUGCUGUAGUUCUUUUUCCAGAUUUUUUUUUUUUAUCAUCAUACCAGACAUUUUAGAUUGGUGUUGGUUGGUGGGGUGUGUGUAACAAUGUAUAUAAAUUUAAAAUUUAUUGUUAUGGUGAUGCGUUCAUGGCGCAUUUUUCUUUAUCCGUGAAAUAUAUCUAUUUUUGCUUUUGUAAAAAAAAUGUGGAAAAAUACCAUAAAUAUUUUCUUUUCUCCAACCAGACGGCUAGUACCACCAAAGAGACUGUUUACAUUUCUGCACUUAAAAGUGGUUCAAGUAAUUUUUUUAAUGAGACCUCAGGUGUAGAAGACCUGACAAAACUUCAGCCUGGUUGCACCUACACCAUCGUGGGCCAAGAUGAAGGUGGUCGGAUUUAUGAACUUCAGUUAGAGAACAGCAGCAACUUGACAUACGAGUCCUUAGACACCCAAGUUGGGAUGGAAACCAAUGAUGCAUCACUUACACUCAUUAAGCAGGAAAAUGAUACAUUUACUAUCCUUCAGCAGUCCUGUAUUGAAGAAAGUACCCCAGUUCAUAUUCAGCCGCAGAAAAAGAUAGCUGGUGCCUCACAAUGGCAAACUGAAACUCUCCAACUACAGCAGACCUUGACCAAUGUUGACCAUACAGUUGAACAGUUGACUAAAACCAUGGAGGAUAAUUCAUCUGUUAAACAGGAGAAAGAUAUAAAAUACUUAGAAUUGAACCUUGCUUCUAACUUGGAAAAUAGAGAAAUUACAUUUUUGUUACCUGAUCAAUUACAAGAUGAAGAUAAUGGCCCAGUUGUUUAUCCCCAGUCAGUAAGCAGUCAAGGAAACAACGGUGCAAAAGAAAUAGUUCUGCUACCUGUGAUGGAUGUGACAGAAACAAAAUCUCAGAUGCCAGACUAUGUGUAUGAGCCAGAUUUAAAUAGUCAAGACUACUACAACUGGUUGUCAAGUUUCACAGAAGAUUGUAAGACUCUUCACAUGCCACUUGACAAGGACAUGUUUCAGAAAAUAAGCCAUGUCCAGAAGACACUUUCAGACUUCAUGGCCUUGCCCACUGGAGUUAUUACUGAUAAAAACAACUUUAAAGUUCUCAUGAGCAUCACGGGAGACCUAUCUGAUAUCAUAGGCGCCCAUUUAGCAUUUAUGUACCAAAAUCUGACAUGA